AGACUCUGCCCAUAGGUGUGAGUGUGAAUGAUUGUUUGUCUAUAGGGUUAGGUUACUUGUAUCACUCCAAAUAGAAAUAUGUUUUAAUCAACUUAUUUUGUAUUUUUCUUCUAUUUUGAAUUGUUACUUGCCUCAUUAUAUCUUCUGUCAUUCUUAAUAUAGUGCUCAUCAAAUACCGGUGUUUUGACAGUAAAGCUGACUUUGAAACGUUCAUUAGACAAUAAUUGUAAUCAUAUUCAUAAUCAUAUGAAUUAUUUAAUUGAUUUAAGGGUUGUCACGCUGGCGGCACGGUGGCCGACUGGUUAGCGCGUCAGCCUCACAGUUCUGAGGACCCGGGUUGAACCCCCGCCCCCGCCUGUGUGGAGUUUGCAUGUUCUCCCCGUGCCUGCGUGGGUUUUCUCCGGGCACUCCGGUUUCCUCCCACAUCCCAAAAACAUGCAUGAAUUGGAGACUCUAAAUUGCCCGUAGGCAUGACUGUGAUUGCGAAUGGUUGUUUGUUUCUAUGUGCCCUGCGAUUGGCUGGCAACCAGUUCAGGGUGUACCCCGCCUCCUGCCCGAUGACAGCUGGGAUAGGCUCCAGCACGCCCGCGACCCUAGUGAGGAGAAGCGGCUCAGAAAAUGGAUGGAUGGAUGGUUGUCACGCUUUUCAAGAUUGAAAUGAAUGACUUUAGUGAUGUCUGGUGGGUAAAAAUCUAGUUGAAGACGAGGGGAUGUACUGUACACUGACUUACUGUUUGGCUUUUCAAUCAACAACACCACUGUGCAAUGCUUACAAUGACCCACAAAUGCUUGUACACUAGCACACACACACGCGCGAAACACACGCAUACAAUAUGAGUAUAGGGAAUAUAGAGAGAGCGAGAGUGAUUCCAAAUUGUCCGUAGGUGUGAAUGUCACUGUAAGUGUGAAUGGUUGUUUGUUUAUACAGUACUGUAUUUGCUCUGCGAUUGGCUGGCGACCAGUUCAGGGUGUACCCCGCCUCUCGCCCAGAGUCAGUCAGCUGGGAUAGGCUCCAGCACGCCCACAACCCUAGUGAGGAUAAGCGGUAAAGAAAAUGGAUGGAUGGAUGGUUCUAACUUGUAAGUAUGCACACGCCUGUGUGGCGUUUGCAUGUUCUCCCCGUGCCUGCGUGGGUUUUCUCCGGGCACUCCGGUUUCCUCCCACAUCCCAAAAACAUGCAUGGUAAGUUAAUUGUGGACUCUAAAUUGCCCGGUGUGAAUAUGAGUGCAGAUGGUUGUUUGUUUGUAUGUGUCCUGCGAUUGGCUGGCAACCAGUUCACCCCGCCUCCUGCCCGAAGAUAGCUGGGAUAGGCUCCAGGACCCCCGCGGCCCUUCUGAGGAUAAGCAGCUCAGAAAAUGGAUGGAUGGACGGAUGUACAUGCAUACAUACAUACAUGCAUACAAACACACAUACGUACAUAUAGUAAGUUGUACUCUAUAUGGUGUGCCGGUAUUCUUUUAGUUGCUAAACUGAGAGCUGCUAAACUGUGCUUUAUUGUUUGUGCAACACUAUGACAAUAAAGUCUAUUCUAUUUUAGUGUUUCCUCCGUCAAAGUCUAGCAAAUCUAAAUUUAAGUGAGGCCCAAAAUAUCCCUGCGUGUUUUCCCAGAGUGAUUGGUCCCCAGAGGGGUUGGAAGUUAAAGCAAACAUUGGCGGUGGGCAGUUUGGGAACAGAAUCCAUGAGAGUUUCCAUCAGGAGAAGAACAACAUUCCUAGGAUGUCUCCCACACACAAGUUGUGUGUUUUCUCUUUUCUUUGUUUUCUCCACCUUGCACAAUAAAAAUCGAUACAACGACAAUACGCACGGUUACGCAUGAGCACAUAAUCGCACACAAUGUACACAUCCUACACGAUGUGUACAUUGUAUCAUGAUAUGAUAUGAUUGUUAUUUGUACUGCCACCUUAAACAAUAGAAAUCAACACAACAAGAGAAAUUAGCUCGUCAAAUAAGAUCUGCAGCACGCUCAGUAAUUUGCAGGCAAAUGCAUGUAUGUGUGAAAUUGAUAUAAUUGUUAUUCAUGAUAACUGGCCAGCUUACACAAUACAAAUCACCAGAAUGACCAGAAAGAAUCCAGUAAACACAGAUGUGGCUUCAAUAUAUAUGUCAUAUGACUAAUGUGAUCGCUUCUCUCGCCAGUUAUCUAUGAUAUCCGGCACUUUACACAAUAGAAAUCAACAGACUGACUGAAAUAAUCCAGUAAAAACAAAUUCAUCCACAGGCGCAUUAAAUCAUAUGAUUUAUAUGAUCGCACCUCUCGCCAGUCAUUAAUGAUAAUUAUUCCCCUUGUACAAUAGAAAUCAACAGAAUGUCUAGAAAUCCCGGCAUGUUCAGUAACUCACAGGCACAUCAUGUCCUAUGUUUGUUAUCCAUGAAAACUGCCACCUUCCCCAAUAGAAAUUAGCAGAAUGACUUUUCAUAAUCCAGUCAAAACAAUAGAAGUUGCCUGUAAAAAAACUGUCUCGGCUCACAAUCUUAUCUUCCCAAAUCGCAGCCUCCGGAUGGUUGGGGAGCCCGUCCAACCUCUCCCUCCCGCCGCCUCACCGCAGGAUGGGAGCAGGACCUGGGCCGCUGAUGACAAGGAGGCCGGCCCCCAGCCGUGGGGCUACGCCCGCUCCGGUGCCAUGUACACCCACGUGGGAACGGUGCCUUGCAGAGACAGGCAGCAGAGCCGGAUAAACAUGGAGGAGGAGGAAGAGUGGGAGCAGGCCACGGCGGCAGACCAUGUGCGGGACUCCCCCCUGCUCACCGCUCUGUCCAGCUUAAGCCUCAACACUCUGGAGUGGCCCAGCUGUGCGCCGGCUCCACCGGACGGGUACCAAGGUGCUCCGGCUCCGCAGGACAUGUACAAAGGUGCUCCGGCUGCAUUGGACGUUUACAAAAUUACUCCGGCUCCACAGGACUUGUACGUGCACAUGGAUGCCGUAACCGAUGCGGUUCGCACGCACAAAACCACAAAGACCUUGCAGGAAGUGGAACACUUGCACAGUCCGAGUGACACGACUGAUGAGGGCAGCGAAUACGUCAAGGACACAAAAGCCUCCCUGAGUGAUGUCCCCUUUCCUCAAUCACGUUGCCGCGGCGACCAGGCCAAUACUCCAGUGUGGAGGCUCUGCCUAUUGAGGCCCCAUUGGCAUCCACCCCGUACACCCAGUGUGGAUGCCAACUGUGGGUCCAGAAGAGAGCUGCUUCUGGUGGUUGUGUGGUUGAGUGUCGGUUUACUCACUAUGAUGUCCUCCAAGUUCUCUAAGGACAAGAAGUUGUGGCUGGAGAAGCAGCUUCAGGAGGAACUGAAGCUGAGCGCAGCCAACCUGAAGAGUCACGCCUGGUAUCACGGACCCAUCCCGGGACAGGUGUCCGAGAGCCUGGUGGUGAACAAGGGCGACUUCCUCAUCCGGGACUCCGAGUCCAGCCCAGGCGACUUUGUUCUGACGGCCCGCUGGGACCAGAAGACCACUCACUUCCCUGUCCAGGCCACGGUGGUGCGCUACGAGGUUCACUACAGCCUGGACCAGGAGGUGUUCGAUUCACUGCCUGCGAUGGUGCGCUUCUACACGGGUAGCAGGGGACCGCUGACCCGCCGGAGCACAGCCAGGAUUCACCGGCCGGUCAACAGGACGGUGCCACUAUGCUACCUGGAGAAAGUGUUUGGUCCGCCGCCAUGCCAGCGUACCACGAGCCAGGCAGAGGAGGUCUGCCCCAAAAGUCCCUCAUCUUUGCUCUGGCGAGACCAUCACCAACCUGAGCGUUCUUCCUCCACUGAUGACAUCAGUGACAUCACUCUCCAGUCAGUCAGAAAUUUGGAUCAUUCUCUUCCUGAACCCGACCAAGACACCGAGCCUCCAGACUCGGACAGCAGCUGCUACACAGAGCUCUACCCGGGCCCCCAGAGCUAUGUGGAGAGACUCCGUGCCGAGGAGGGUCCGAGAGCAGUGGACGUUUUUCUCCCUCCCGCAGUGGAGACCGUGUCGUCGUUCACGCCCACCAGUUACUGUUCGCCACUGAUGCCCGGGGAGAACAAACCCCUGGAGGUGGGCAUCCUGCAGCGGGUGAAGGAGCUCCUGGCUGGGGCGGACCCCCAGACGGCCGCCCAACACAUCACCAAGUGGGACUGCACGGUUGCUCGCAUCCUGGAUGUGCAGCCGGAGGCGCAAAGGAUGAUGGGAGUCAGCUCAGGGGUGGAGCUGCUCACACUGCCGCAUGGACAGCAGCUCAGAUUGGACCUGCUUGAGAGGCUGCACACGAUGGCCACCAUGUUGGCCGUCAAUGUCUUAGGGUGCACCGGCACCAUCGAAGAGCGAGCCUGCGUUCUGGACAGAAUGAUCGGCAUUGCCGCCGAGCUCAAGAGCAACAUGGGCAACAUGUUCGGAUUCUCUGCCGUCAUGAGAGCGCUGGAGCUGCCUCAGGUGACUCGCCUGGAGCAGACGUGGACGGCAUUACGGCAGCGGCACACAGAGGACGCCGUUCUGUACGAGAAAACUCUACGGCCCUUCAUGAAGAGUCUGAACGAGGGCCGAGAAAGCUGCCCUGCGUCCGGGACCACCUUCCCUCACGUCCUGCCGCUGCUGUGUCUGCUGGAGAAGAGUGCGGCUGUGGGCGAGGGGGCUGACGAGCGUGAGGGGGGCGAGGCACGGGAGAUGGCGGAGGCCGGCGUGGACGUGGACGUGCUCAUGUUCCACUUGGCGGCCGCCAGGAGCGCCGCCCAUCUCGGUGCCGUCUACGCCGCCAACGCCCGCAACAAACUGCAAGACUUCCAGGAGCAGUCAGACAUCUCGGAGGUCUUCCGCACGGACUUCCAGAUGCGGCUGCUGUGGGGGAGCAGGGGAGCGGUGGAGAGCCAGGUGCGGCGCUAUGCCAAAUUCAACCAAGUGCUGAGCGCCUUGUCCAACAGGCUGGAGCCGCCGCUGCACUGAGAAACGAAACCCUACAGAUAAGACAUGGCCCACAUUUCCUUGGGCAUUAGCUCAAUUGGUAGUGGAUGUGCUUAGUGUUUGGGAGGUAGCGGAAUCAUUACCUGCAUUCUCCAUUUGGCUGUAGUGCUCAUGCAGCAAACCCUAAUCUAUGUUACUGAGAGCUGUAGAUUUUGUUUCCUAAAAUUGGUUCAUUGAAAUGUUGUCAUUACAUUUUUUAAAUGUAGGGCUUUAUUCAUUAAUUUAUUAUUAAAAAAUAUUUCUAAUAAUUAAUUCAUUUAUUGUUGAUCAUCCAUUUUAAAAUAGUAAAAUAAAACAUGUUUACAGUACAUACAUGGAUUGUUUUAUUUAUUUUAUUAAUCAACUGCUUACUUGAUUUGUGGUCAAUAAUAAAAAAAAUAUUCAUAAAAUAAUAUUGCACAAAGCACACUUUACAUUCAUUUUCAUCAUUACAUAAUUGCCGUAUAUGUUAUAAUCAAAUUGAUUUUUUUUUUAAAAAGCAAAUGGAUAUAUUUUAUAUAUUUUUUUACCUUAUCUACAAACGACCUGGCCAUUUGUCCUUUUUAAAAAUUGCAUUAGAACAUAUGUUUUAAAUGAUUUUAACUGUCAAAAAGAAGUUUUAACCAGUGUAAUUUAAUAUCAAAACAUAAAAACAAUAAAACAACUUGUCAUUUCUUACUAUAAACUGUCAUGCAAGUGUAAAAAUAAGCCUUUGGCCCCCAGACACCUUCACUGCCUCACAGACAGUCAGAACCUAUAGAAAUUGAGCAUAUAGAACUUGUGGUUCUAUGGAUUCAUGGUAUUAAAAACUGAAGGUGGGACCUCCAUUACCCUGUUAUCAUGUGUCCAUAACACAUAAGAGUAACAUUUUCAAACGUUUUUUUUAAUUUUUUUUUUUUUAACUUUAAUCAUCUGGUACAAUGUUUUUCAAUUGGCUAAUAUUAUGACCGAGAUAAGUACAUACUGUAAAAACUACUAAUAUGUCUACCAGCACAUUCAGAUGUACAGUAUUUACUGUCUGUAUAAAUGAAAUGUAUUAAACCUGGACUAUGUUUUUUUUAUGUUGUGUUUCACUUGAUUAAUAAAUAGUCAAUUUCA